GCAUCUUUGGUAGGAGGGGUCGAUGCCUGGCACACUGUCUCAGGAAAAUGACCUCACAAACGUCAACGACCAUUUUCUGUGCAGACUGUAAAUUAAAACUCGUCUCAUGUAUGUGCCUUCAGGAAUAAUAUUUGAACACUCCCAAUAUAUAUAACAUCAUCAAAAAUCGUCCACAAGUAAACAGCCUGGAUAAGAUCUCUAAUGACAAUUCUUAAUGCCCAAUUAGCCAACAUGACUGAUUCUGUUCCGUGUGACGCAGUUGGGAGGCGGAUCAUCUGCGAUGGAGAGAAGGGGACCGUGCUGUUUGUUGGGAACGUGCCCCCUACAGCAGGUCUUUGGCUUGGUGUGGAAUGGGAUAACCCAGAACGAGGCAAGCAUGACGGGAGCAAUGAGGGAGUCCGGUAUUUCAAAAGCCGUCACCCUACCAGCGCCUCCUUUAUCCGCCCAAAGAAAGUCCAUUUUGGAGUGGACUUACUAACAGCACUAAAAAAGCGUUACGAUCUAGAGGACAACCAGGGCUACACAGAGAAAAUGACCGUUGGCAAAACGGAAGUCCAAAUGGUGGGGUUUCAAUCUGUCUCGGAGAAACAAAGUCAGUUGCACAAACUUGAAGUGGUUUCUGUGAAAGGAAGUGAUGUAAGCAGUGCCGGUCAAGAUAAUGAAAUCCAGCAGACAACUCCAAAUAUUGUAUUGUUAAAUUUGUCGGAGAACUUGCUGUCUUCAUGGGACCGGGUAGCUGAUAUUACACGACAGCUCACGAAACUGAAAGCACUUGAACUUCGUGGGAACAGACUAAGCAUCCCUGCAAAUCCCUCCUCACUGACCCAUGCUUUUGCCAAUCUGAAGGAGUUGGCACUAAACAAAACUGGGGUUAACUGGUCUGAGGUUCUGGAAUGUGCACCGAUGUGGCCUGCCCUGGAAGAGCUGUAUCUUUCUGACAAUUCUAUUACUGAUUUGCAAAAACCAGUACAUGUUUUGCAGUCCUUGACCUUAUUAGAUCUAAGUAACAAUCCAUUAUCAGGUGGAGAGCAGCUCAAAAACAUUGGAUACCUGCCAAGACUCAACAAACUUUUACUGACAAACACAGGGCUGUCUUCAAUACAUUUUGAUGACGUUGGGCCAGGCUGCAAAACAGCAAUGUUUCCCUCGCUAGAGUUUUUAGCAGUUGACAACAACAACAUUUCUCAGUGGUCCUUUGUGAACGAGUUGGAGAAGCUACAGAGUCUGCAGAAGCUGUCUUGCCUCAAUAACCCUCUGAUGUCAGCCGAGAGGAAUGCAGAGACAGCACAGCAGCUGAUCAUCGCGAAGAUAGGGAAACUACAGGUUCUCAACAAGUCGGAGAUAUUGCCAGACGAGAGAAGGGGUGCAGAACUGGAUUAUCGUAAAAUAUUCGGAAGAGAGUGGCUAGAAGCGGGAGGGAAUCAGGACCCAGAGAAGAAUCGACCCAGUGAAGCCUUUACUGCCCAGCAUCCUAGAUACCAGAUCCUCAUUGAGAAAUACGGUGCUCCCGAAGAUGGUGAGCUAAAAGAGCAGCAGCCGUUCGCAUUGAAAAAUCAGCUGCUGACCAUAACCUUCAAAUGUCCAGAUAGGGAUGAAAAAAAGCCCAUCGAAAAGAAACUUCCAGAUUCCAUGACUAUUCAGAAGGUGAAAGGAUUGCUUUAUCGUCUAUUAAAGGUUCCAGGUUCUGAAUUGAAACUCACAUACACAAGCUCAAAGAUGGAAGGUAAAGAAAUUGAAAUAGAUAAUGAUUUGAAGCCACUGCAGUUCUACUCCAUCGAAGAUGGGGACAGCGUGCUGGUGCGAUGGUCCUGAUGAUGGGAGCAAUAACACUGAACCGAGCAUCUACCAUUGUGGAAAUCAAAUCUGCCUGGGUCCUAUAUUGCAUCCUGCCAUCAGAAACUGAAGACACUGUACUGGUAACAUGCAUUGUUACAUCAUAACUUACAAAGCUUUUUUCACCUUUUGGCAAAUUAGUAUCUAAAUGUAAAGAUUCAUGCAGCUCAGAGUAAGCCACAUGUUGCUUGAUUUGUGUUAUGUUCCAAUAGGCCUUUAAAGCUAGACACAGAUGUACUUUGUUGGUCCCCAUUUGGUAUAGUCGUAGCUUGUGUUGAUUGUUCCCCAAAGGUGAUUGUAGGGACACAAGUUUCUUGACCCCUUGAAACGUGCUUCCACUACAAUCCAAUCAGUCAGGUAUUAAAAUAAUCAAAUUUUGGCUAACCUAUAGAGAGUACAUGGUGCAAGGUAGAAGGCAUACAGUUGUACCAGGAUUACCUACACCUCUGGUGCAUUGUGAGACGCAGAAAAGUGUCUUUAACCAACUGAAAAGCAGCUGUCUCCAUACAAUGAAAAUCCUUCAUGUGUGUUACUGUGCUUUUUAAAAUAUGUUUAAACUUUCUUUUCAUGUAUAAAAUGUAAAUAAAUAGAAAAAAAAUA